CGGAGGGUGGCGGCCGAGCGCGCAGAGUCCGCUGGAGUCUGGGAAGUGGGGCCGCCGGGCGCGCGGGGCGGGCGGCGAGCGGAGCCGGCCGGAGAGGGCCGGGCAGCGGCCGCCGCCGUCCCGGAGAGCGCGGGCCGGCGCGGGCGGGCAGGAGGAUGGAGCUGAAUUCCCUGCUGAUCCUGCUGGAGGCGGCCGAGUACCUGGAGCGCAGGGACCGAGAGGCCGAGCACGGCUACGCCUCGGUGCUGCCCUUCGACGGCGACUUCGCCAGGAAGAAGACAAAGGCGGCCGGCCUGGUGCGCAAGGCCCCGAACAACAGGUCUUCACACAAUGAACUAGAAAAGCACAGACGAGCCAAACUCAGGCUCUAUCUGGAGCAGCUCAAGCAGCUGGUGCCCCUGGGCCCUGACAGUACCCGCCACACCACGCUGAGCCUCCUCAAGCGGGCCAAGAUGCACAUCAAGAAACUGGAGGAGCAGGACCGCCGGGCACUGAGCAUCAAGGAGCAGCUGCAGCGGGAACACCGCUUCCUGAAGCGGCGCCUGGAGCAGCUGUCCAUGCAGAGUCUGGAACGUGUACGCACGGACAGCACGGGCUCCGCCGUCUCCACUGAUGACUCAGAGCAAGAAGUGGACGUAGAGGGCAUGGAGUUUGGCCCUGGUGAGCUGGACAGUGUUGGCAGCAGCAGUGACGCGGACGACCACUACAGCCUGCAGAGUGGUGGCUGCAGCGACGGGGGCUACGGGCCCCCCUGCCGGCGGCCUGGCCGCCCUGGCCUCUCGUAGGCCCAGUGCCCUCUGCUCCUUGGCCCGCCUGCCUACCCGGCCAAGCGUGCCAGCCCUCCAGUCCUCGAAAGCCUCUCCGCGGGCCCGCCACUGUGCCAUUCUGGAAGCUCCAGCUGCCGCCCGGGCUGCCCGCCUCCGCCUGCCUGCCGGUCAGGGCCUGCCGUGCCGCCCACCCCUCCCAGCUGGGCAGGGACCCCUGCAGGGAGACGGGGCCCAGCUCCCACAUCCCGGAGCCCAGCGUAGCCGCCCACGGUCUGUUCUCAGAUUCCUAAUCAUUCCAGAAGUAUUAAAUAUCAUUGCUGCAAAUCUCGGCGGGCACCGUGUGAGGGGCUUAAUGACCACUGCGGGGAGCUCAGACCCCAACCCUGGAUCCCAGGAGAAAGGAGUGGACCGAGGAAGGAAGGAAGGCGUGGCUCUCCGUCCAUCUGUCCAUCUGUCUGUCAGUCCACGUAGGCUCCUGAGGCCUGGACAGAGGGACCCAUGAAGGGCGGGACUCGGGUGAGCACCCUGGGGCAAGUGGGUGGAGAGGGUCCUUUGCACCCCACAGGUGUCAGGAGCCAGGGCUGGGCUCCUGGGGGCAGGCCAGGCCACCCCAUCCCAAGCUGGGCAGCUUCUGCUCUGUUAGGUCCCUUGGAUGUACACAUGCACACGCCUGGGGACACGUGCCCACACGCACACGUGCCCACACGCAGACACACGUGGUCGCCGGACCCAGAGGCUACACGUCUUGGGGAGGGAGGCCUUCAAGGGUCAUCUGGGCACCUGCUGGCCCCUGGCCUGCGCCUGGCUCCUCGUCCCACCCCAGCUCACCUGCACGGAGUCCUCAGGAGGCUUUCUCAUCUACCUUUAAAAAUAAAAUAAAUAAAUUGCUGCACUGCCCAGCAGCCCAGAACAGGGCUCCCGGGAGAGAGGCUUUUUCUCCAAAAUAAGAGAAACAUUUUUAAAAGAGAAAAAAGCUCUAAGGACUCCCCGCCAAGUGACAUCAGUGUGUGCUGCCUCAAUUUCCUGUACGAGAUUUUUGUACUCUAUUUUCCUAGCCAUUGUUGUGUCCUUGUUUGCUGAGGGGUGGGAGCGACCCAGCGUCUCAGGGACUCGUCUUGUCUGUCACCGUUGUCCAAGUGUGCCUUGUGUCCCGUGUCUGGCCCCGCCCCAUCCACCACCACCAGCAUCUCCCUUGUGGCGCAAGGGGCACCCCUGGCCUGCCCUGCAGGUGCCCUCCUAGCUUUCUCCCUGUGCCGCGGCCCCUCCCAGCAGCCACGGCUUUCUGGGAGUGAGAGACUGCGGGGCCGGUCAGGGGUUGUGUGGGCAGCUCUCUGUCACCUGGCUCCCCCAGUGACCCAGCGGCCCCCCCACCCCCCAUCUUGCCCUCCCCAGCGGUCAGUCGGGGCCUGCCAGGCAGCCUGGCCUCCUGGUCAGGGGCCUGCUCACCAGAGAAAUAGGUUCUCCCCUGUACCCAUCUUGACCCUUCCCUGCUCCCCCGGCCUGGGGCGAGGGCUCCAGAUUUCAGACAUUGGCAGCUGAUGAAGACAGCCCUUCCCCCUGGGUAGCCAGGCUUGGGCAUCAGGAGGCUUCUCCUGGCCUUUUGUUCCUGAAGUCCUUGUCUGCACAGCAAUAUUUGGGUGGCGUGCUGUGGGGCUGGCCUGUAGCUGCAUCUCCUUCCCUCUCUGGUGCAUUGUAACCGAUUUCCAGAUUGUGGGGGAAAGUUCGUGUUUAUUUUUGGUCAAGCCGAUGGACACCCCAGGGUGGGUGGCCUACUGAGGCAGAACGGGGUCCCUGGAAACAGCUCUGGCACAGAACCUGCCCUGCAGGGGCUCGGGAUGAUGAGUGGAGAGCAGGCUCGUGGGAGGCAGUGUGUGAACUGGGGAGAUUGUCCAAACAUCUUGCUGGUGCUUGCAAGGAAAACUCUUCUGUCAGCAUCUCCUUCCAGCUUCACUGGGGGUCUGCAGAGCCCAGACCAGCUUGUCCUGUCUGCCUGAGCAUGCCACACAGUGCUUCUUGUGAGCACCAGCCCGCUCUGAGCAGGGUAGGAGGGCCCGAGUUGAAGAUCCCGCUGCAGGAGACACAAGUCCAGGCCCCUGGGAUGGUCUGUGCUCUCCGUUCUUGAGGCACCAGCUCCCCCAGUAGCUGGGGGCUCUGCUCCCACCCCAGCCAGCAGAAUCCUCCCUGGGUGACCAACUGUGGCCCCCAGCUGACCUUCCUGGCAGCUCAGCCCGUGGCUUUUCAGGCCAUGGUUCCCGCGUGGGCCGGGGGCCCCUCUCUGCCACCAGCAGACAGGCGAGGGGGGUGGUCCUCAGGGCCAGGGUCCGGUGCUAGCAGUUACUCACACAUCCAUCCUCCCCUCCCACGAGCUCCCUGCCUUUGCACGUGUUAGCUGUUGCUGGUGGCCGCAGAGACCCAGUGGGGGCCUGGCUUGAGGCCAUGUUGGGUAACUGAGCAUCGUUGAGUCUCUAGAAAGCAGAUGGGACCAGAACAGGCCUGCAGGGGUGUCUGUGACCUCUAUCCAUGUGCCCUCCCACACCUAUGUGGGCCACUGUGGCCCUCGGCCAGGAUCCUGGAACCCCAGGCUCAGGUUUGGGUCCCCACCCUCACUGGGAGGUGACCCCAUACACCAGGCCACCACUGCCCCAGUGCAGACCCAGCUGGCUGGGGAGACUGCAAGAAGGCUUCUUCUCCUUGGAGCUCUGGGCCCGCCUCUGUAGUUUGGGUCUUGGUGGCCCAGUGCCCAAGCCUGCCCUCCUGGGCUGAUGGAGCUGUGUGCCCAACCACAGCCCUGUGGGCUUCCGCCCUCCUGUCUGCCCCAGACAAUCCCCAUCUGCUGAGUGAGGCAGGCUUCCCCGGCUCUACCAACCCCUGCCUCUCUCUGGGCCAGCUAACCUGGGGCCCCCUCCCCAUGGCCAUGUACACAGAAUUCUGACCCCAGGCCACAUCUAGGGCAGGUUCUUUGCCAGAGUCUGGGGCUGCCCAGGGGCCCUGGUGCUGGCCAGGUCAGCGCAUCACAACAUCCUUGCUGGAGAGAAUUGGGCCACCCACCUGCCUGUUCACCGGGAGGGACUGUGCUGUACCAUUCUGUCUUUGUAAUAUAAAUACAGAUUUUUAUACCUCA